AUGCGAGUCACCGCAAACGACAACGCUUUCCGAGAUUGGCUUCUGAAAAUUGGCGAUGGCGACCUAGAACCGACAAUCGAUAUUCCCGAUGACAUGCGCCAAGAAAACAAUCUCUCUGACACGAUUUUUGACUGUGUUUGCUCCGGACAGAAGAAUAUUGACCUCGCAGAUAUCGCUAUCUUGACGCCUAAGAAUGCGGAAGCUUUACAAAUCAACAACUAUAUUUUAGACAAACUCCCAGGACUCAAGAAGACAUUCCUCAGUGCCGAUGCACCUGUUGUUGAAGACCCCAGCGAUGCGCUGAACUUCCCUACUGAAUUCCUCAACAAAAUGUCGCCAUCGAGUCUUCCACCACACGAGCUCAACCUGAAACCGGGAUGCAUCGUCAUGUUGCUACGAAAUUUAGACGUACGCAAAGGACUAUGCAACGGAACGCGAUUGAUCGUUACGCAAAUACUGAGCCGGAUAAUCGUUUGCAGCUUCGCCACGGGCCACAACAAACAUCGGGCGGUACUGAUCCCAAGGAUCGACUUGACAGUUCCCUCCAUGGGUCUCCUCCUCGUCUUCGGCAUUCUUGUUCUUCUCGAUUACAUUUACUUCAAAUUGAGAUACACAAGACCGAAUGGACCGCCAGUCUGGUACGGACUCCCCUUCAUUGGCUUCUUACCUUUCUUCAUCCUACCAAAACCUUUAUUCCGCCGAGCUUACAGAUUCUUCCUCGAUAAAAUGCCGAACCUGAUGAUAGCUCGGGUACUGUAUCCGAGCCUCAUUGUGAAAGAACCCUACAUCGCCGAAGUCCAGAAGAACGAAUUCUGUCUGAAUCGAUCAUCUUUCGCCUUCACGGAUUAUGCGGGGCUCGUGGUGAGCGGAAAACGCGGGUUUGUGUUUUUCGACGGGGGGCGAGAAUGGCUCAACUGGCGGGGUAACAGGAAAAUGAAUCUGCAAGCCCUCUAUUUCCUGCCAAAAGCUCAGAAGUUCUCAAGAAUCUCCGAGAGCGUGAGCAUCUUCCUCAAGCGCUGCGAAGGGGAAGGCGGCCGCGUCUGGGAAUACGAGAGAGAUAUGAUGUUCUCGCUGUGUCAGACGGCCUGCAAUCUCAAUCUGGGCCGAGUUUUCGAGAGCAACAGCGUAAAAACCAUGUUGGACACCCUACUGGACAUCAAUCGAGCUUCCGUUUGGUUUGCUGCAAUCACUCUUGUGGUUCCAAUCAGCGUGUUGAAAUUCGUCGAGCGUCAUACGAACUUCUGGCUCAAAUCGAUGGCGAUGAACAGAGUCUACAGAGAGUUCUGGAGGAGAGUCGUGUAUUCAACGAACAUGGAUCAGGUGGAGCCAACGAACUACGUCGAAGCAAUAAUGCGAACCAAAACCCCCGAUGAGACUUACGAAUUCAUCCGAAUGAACGUUUUCUUCAACAUGAUCGCUCAACUAUUGCCGAUGGUCCAUUGCGUGGUGAACGCGCUGACGCUUGCCGCCAUACAUCCUCAAUUACAAAAAAGGUUGGCAGAUGAAGUGCUCAGAGUUGUCGGGAAAGACGAGCUCUCGGCGGAUCAUUUGGAUGAUCUUCACUACCUAAAAGCAUUCUGCAACGAGUCUCUCAGGAUCAGCCUCCCGGUGAUCGGAAUCGCGAGACACACUUCGGCCGAUACGAAGCUCGGCGAAUACGAGGUGCCAGCCAACAUGAGCACCAUAUUGUGCUUCCAUUCCGAGACCUUCAGCGCGAAGCACUUCCCGGAGCCAUAUGUUUUCGACCCAGAGAGGUUCGUCGACAAGAACGGCUGCUUCGCGGAUGACCCAGAUAUGGCUUUGUUCUCCCGCGGUCGACGGAAGUGCCCCGGUCAAGAGAUCACGAAGAUGACGCUCCACAUCUAUUUCGCGAAAAUUCUGCAGAACUUCGAAAUCAUUUCAUCGGACAAGAAUUACAAAUAUCCGGCCGAGUAUGACGGCGGAAUAAGCCCCGGCGUACCGAGUCUGCCUCUGAAAUUCAUCCGCCGGGAAGGAGCUCCUCCAAUAAUUGAAUUCGAUCUGGACACCAGUCUGUCGGAAAUUUUCAGACAAGCUGCGAGAGAGGACGCCCUUGGUAAACUAUCAUGUGAGUUCUAG